AUUGCUUCACUUGUGUUGGCAUGUGAAGGUCUUGGAACUGAUGUGGAUCGUGGCUUCUUCACACUCACUCAGUCUGGCAAUGAAUUUGGCAUCCAUCUACUCAAGGACUACCCACAAAUAAGGACUGCUGCCUCUGGGACAGACAGAGAAGUAUACCUGGCCUUCUCUGACCCCUGCACCCUGCCGCAGAACCCUGGAUGGCCUCUUCGCAACCUGCUCACUUUGGUAACCUUAAAAUGGUCACACCUGUGGUCUGUUUACAAGAUUUUGUGUCUGCGAAUACGAACAAGAAGUGGCACGAAAGAUGCAACUCAUAGCCUUGUAGUUGAUGUAGACUUAAAAGGGGUAAUAGAUACAGACAACCCUCCUGAUUUGCCACCAUUCCUUGGCUGGGAGAAGAAUGAAAGGGGUAAAAUGGGACCACGUAUGGUGAACCUGUCUGCUAACAUGGAUCCAAUAAGACUAGCCGAGUCUGCUGUAGAUCUGAACCUUAAGUUAAUGAGGUGGAGGGUGGCUCCACUGCUUGAUCUGCCCAUCAUCCAAAAUACUCGAUGCCUCCUCUUAGGCUCAGGGACUCUUGGUUGUUCUGUGGCAAGAUGCCUUUUGAAUUGUAAAGGUGUAAUACUAAAUAUUCCAAUGCCAGGACACACUGUCAGUGAGAGCCUUGAGCAACAAGUGAGAAGUGAUGUGUCAGUUCUUGAGCAACUUGUGGAUGACCAUGACGUUGUCUUUCUCUUAAUGGAUUCCCGUGAGAGUAGAUGGCUGCCUACAGUACUGGGAGCUGCCAAGCAUAAAAUAGUGCUUACAGCAGCCUUAGGUUUUGACUCGUAUUUAGUGAUACGCCAUGGGUACCGAUGCAAGGAAACAGAGCUUGAGGAAGGCACCGCUAGCAGUAAACCUUCAGUGAGCAAUUCCAGUGCUCUUCGUGGAUCUAUUCCUGGCAACCUUCUUGGCUGUUACUUCUGCAAUGAUGUUGUUGCUCCAGGAGAUUCCACCCGUGAUCGUACACUAGACCAGCAGUGUACAGUUACUCGUCCAGGCAUCUCCUACUUGGCAGCUGCUCAUGUUACAGAAUUGAUGGUUUCAAUUCUCCAGCAUCCAGACAGAGGACUUGCUGAAGCACGUUUGAAUGAUAAGGCUGAUGUAAAAGAAGGGGUAUUAGGUCCAGUUCCUCACUCCAUACGAGGAUUUCUUGGACGACAUCAGCUUUUAACUCCUGCUUCCACAGCAUUUCAGCAGUGUUCUGGUUGCUGUGAUAAGGUAAUAUCAGCAUACAGGGAAAAAGGUUUUGAAUUUCUACUAAAGGUUUUCAACUCUUCAAUAUAUCUAGAAGAAGUGUCAGGUCUCAGUGAACUGCACCAUUGUGUUGAUGAUUCUCAGGUAAUUAGUCUCUAA